AUGUCACUAAUUAGCGACAAGAAAUUUUGGAGUCUUUGCAGCCACUUAAAGAAAAUCGAUUAUAUUAUAAACAAUUUCUAUGCAAUAUUUAAUAACAGAAAAAUAUGGAAUCUCAAUAAUUUGGAUUCCAAAUCGGAUUUUAGGUUAGAAGGAGGAUAUUUUGUGGAAAAUCGAGAAAAUAUUGAACAUAAAAGGAAAGAAGGCAAUAAUUUUAAUGACCUUAUAAAAAAUAUGAAACGAAGAAGAACUGAACAAAAGAAAAAGCCGGUAAAACGCCUGAAGAAAGAAGAAAAGACACAAAUAAAGAUAGCAUCAUGAAACGUAUGUGGGCUUCGAUCAAUGCUUAUGAAAGAUGGGAUUCAGAAUCUCAUUGACUCAGAGGCUCCUAAUAUAAUUUGUUUUAAUGAAACAAGACUGCAGGAUAAGCAUAUAGAGGCUGCUGAAAAGCUCCUUCCUAGUUCAUUUAGCAAGUAUUGAAACUGCUCUCAUGGUAAAAAAGGUUACUCUGGAGUUGCAAUUCUCACAGAAGUAAAACCUGAACAAGUCAUUUAUGGUAUAGGCACAGAGAGGCAUGAUAUUGAAGGGCGAGCUCUCACUGCGGAGUAUAAAGAAUUCUUUUUAGUCAAUACUUAUUUUCCUUGCGCAGGUAGAGACUAUGCUUAUAGAACACAACAAUGGGACUUUGCGAUAAGAGAUUAUAUAGCAGAGCUUCAAAGAAAGAAGCCUGUAAUAUGAUGUGGAGACUUCAAUGUGAUCAAUGAGGAUAUUGAUAUUUAUGACAUAAAAGGAAAAGAAAAAAUGGACUGCAUCACUGAUGAAGAAAGAAGAAAUUUCCAUACAACAUUAGAGGAGUGCAAGCUGGUUGAUACUUUUAGAUACUUGAAUCCAGGACUAAGAGUAUAUAGUCACUAUAGCAGAAGGAAAGUUAAUGCAGUCGAAAAAGGAUAUGGGUGGAGAGUUGACUAUAUUUUAGUUUCUGAAAUUUUUAAACAACACAUCGAAAAAGCAUACAUCAGAACUGACAUUUAUGGAAGCGACCAUUUACCAUGCAUUCUUCAAAUGAGCAUCUAA